AUGAGACACUAGUUCUGCAUCAUAUAUCUGGGGACGACGAAACUAAUAUAAAUUUUCGCAAUGCAGGGCUUCAAGCUGGCUGGCGUUUUAGUGCUACUGACAAUCAUCAGUGCUUUAUGCGAGGGAUCGGUAACACGUUCAACCGAGCUCGGCCGUGGUACAAUAAAAGUGCAUGACGGACCUCAUGGGAAAGAUACCAUACUUGAUGGGCGAAACGGAAUAAAAGUGCUCGAUAGGCCUAAAGGAAAACUAACCCUGUUGGGCUCUAAAGUUCGUCGUGACACUCGUGCGGCCAAUGCUGCAGUAAUAGAACAUGUUGCACCCAAAGAAGCAAAGCCUCAUAGCAAUACACUGGACAAAGUGAGACGUGAGUCUGCAACAGAACCAUUGCAUCGUGUUCCUCUCACAAGAGGAAGAUCUGCUCGUGAGGCGAAAGCAGAGAAUGAACCAGUGAAGCCACCAGGAGCUACUCUGAAUCCUGCAACACACGAAGCGGAACCUACCCCGGGACCAUUAGGGAACGUGAUAACUGUUCCUGACAACUGUCCCAAAGGACAGAAAUACGUGAAUGGAGCCUGCCGGGAGAUUUGGUGAACAGAUGGCGUCCUUCAUUAGCAACGAAUGUCAACUUUUAAGAUAAAGAUUAUUUUAUAGUAUUUGUAGACAAUGAAGAUAUUACCUAUUG